AUGACGCGGGUAUCAACAUCGCCGCCUCUGCGACUGCUGGAGCGGUUCGCGAACAGCACGCCAGCCCCGACCACUACAACCACCAGCACCAAUGUCGCCCCCUCCGUGCCGAAGCCCAGCGCCAACAACAAGAGGCCUACGCCCAUCAUUAUUUAUCCCACUGUGACACCGGAAUCGAUAGUGGUGCCGAUUGUAUCGUGUAUAUUCGGCUUUCCAUUGUUAGCGCUCACCGUUAUCUGCUGCUUGAGGAGAAGGGCCAAAAUGGCAAGAGAGCGAGCGAGGCGGCGAAAUUGUGAAUUGGAUCGUGGGGAACUGUCAGUGGUAAAGAUGUCUCCGGUGAAGACGAAGCCGCGACCUGUCAGCCUGAUACGUUCGCCAAGACCACCGCCAACUCUCGAACUUGACACCGUGCUUGAGGAACGAUCCGACCCUGAACAGACUACACUCUCACAGGUGGAGGUGACGCCAGAUCGUGAAGUGGGCACGAUACUGUUUGGUGCUGUGGGUGCUAUGGGUACGGCAGCGGCAGCGGCGAUGUGCAACCGGGACAGCUAG